AUAGCGGCAUUGAAGCGAAGGCGGAAAUAGGUGGCAGUACUCUUGUUCCAUUAGUAAACGUGAUCCCACGCCUCAAACUCCUUGUUCUAGGAGACGCGAGGCCGCCGUGACAACAGAGCGACAAGCCCAUUCCCUGUCUGUCUUUAGCACAGGUCGGCAACCGUUAAAAAGCACAGCCCUUUGUUUUAGCUGUAGCUGACCCUCCUGUCUUCCCCGGUUUUACUUAAUCCUUCUGUAUAUCCCAUUACCAUGGCGGCGAGUGCGAAACGAAAACAAGAGGAGAAACACCUGAAGAUGCUAAGAGAAAUGACGAGUUUGCCUCCCAACAGAAAGUGCUUUGACUGCGACCAGCGCGGCCCAACCUAUGCCAACAUGACUGUGGGUUCCUUCGUUUGCACCUCCUGCUCUGGCAUCCUACGAGGACUGAAUCCACCCCACAGAGUUAAGUCCAUUUCCAUGACAACCUUCACGCAACAAGAAAUCGAGUUCCUACAGAAACAUGGCAAUGAGGUAUGUAAACAGAUCUGGCUUGGCCUUUAUGAUGACAGAACCUCCUCAGUACCAGACUUCCGAGAACCACAGAAAGUCAAGGAGUUCCUUCAAGAAAAAUAUGAGAAGAAGCGAUGGUACGUACCUCCUGAGCAGGCCAAGGUAGUGGCAUCGGUCCAUGCUUCCAUCUCUGGCUCCUCAAACAGCAGCACCAGCAGCACCCCAGAGGUUAGACCACUCAAAUCCCUGCUGGGGGAGUCAGCCCCCUCCCUACACCUCAACAAGAACACCCCACCAAAUCAGUCUCCAGUGGUGAGCCGUGGACAAACCCAUCAGCAGCAGUUCCAUGACAAGAAGUUUGACCUCCUCAGUGACUUGGGUGGAGACAUCUUUGCUGCCCCGCCUAACUUGAACACAGGCACCAGCUCCAGUUUUGCUAACUUUGCACAUUUCAACAGCCACACAACAGCACAGAAUGCCAACGUAAAUGCAGACUUUGCAAAUUUUGAUGCAUUCGGAAGCACUUCUGGGUCGUCAGGUGGUUUCCCCUCCGCACCCCAAGCCCCAUUCCAACCCUCAAAUACAGCAUUCACUGUACUCUCAUCCAGCUGCAGUAUGGGUAGCGCCUCAGGGGGACUAGCAAAUGCCAAUUUCGCAAAUUUUGACAACUACCCCAAAUCGUGUAGUGCUGACUUUGGAUCCUUCAGUUCCUCCUCCCAGAGUAACUCCACAGGAGCUGGCAGAGAUGCUGUACAGAGUACUAGCAUCCCUGCUGAUAGAUACGCAGCCCUGGCUGACCUGGAUAACAUGUUUAGCUCUGCCAAAACAGAGCAAGGAGGUGGUAUUCCUGGGGGGGUGAGCUCAGCCACUGCAGCAGCAGCAGGAGUGGGUGGUCUCCCUCAGAAGCAGCCAGCGGUUCCAACAGGGGGUGACCGCUAUGCUGCCCUAGCUGAGCUUGAUACUGUCUUCAGUUCCUCAGCCCCUGCCACCAGUGUUUACAACACCGCCAGCACCUCACAAGGGGGCGUGUUUGGCUCAGAGACUGGGGUGUCAACAGCACAAGCACAGCAGGCCCUGCCUGGCAUGGCUCAAGGUUUUGGAGCAGCUCAGUCAACUAAUCCGUUUGUAGCUGCUGGAGUUGCCCCAGUAGCAGCGGCUCCUACCAACCCAUUCCAGAGCAACGGCAGAGCAGCAAAUGUGGCAGCAGCAGCAGCAUCGUUUGGCACAGGCUCCAUGAGUAUGCCAUCUGGAUUUGGGAAUGCUGCAGCCUACAACUUCCCCACGAGCUUUAGUGGAACCUUCCAACAACCCUUUCCUGGCCAGGCUCCCUUCCCUCAGCCUCCUGCGUAUCCGCAGCAGCCCAAUGGUGGAGGAUUUCCAGCCUUCGGCCAGGCCAAGCCUGUUGUGACUCCUUUCGGGCAGGCAAUGGCUGGACCUAUGGUCUCAGGCAAUCCUUUCCUGGGUGCGGGUCCAUCUGCACAGUAUCCGGCAGGAGGCUCUUCAACAAAUCCCUUCUUAUAGCGAUCCAUUCAAUCAUCUGCACUACAGGGUCAACAACUGGCGCGCUUGCACCUAUUGCACUGUUUUGUUUCACAAGUAGCUUUAAAAACACAAUGUUUGUAAGGAUCUGUAUUUUCUAUCGCAGUUUGUGACUAAUGGAACAAUAUGAGAGACACUCAUGCUGACACUGUCUAUGGCUACAAAACAAAGUGAGGGUGUGUGCAGAGGGAGAGGUUGUUCCCCUCUUCUCUAUUUAACCUGUGAACUGGCCUGGCCUCUACUGAGCCACAAUGUAUAAUCAAACUGGCUGAAAACUAAGUUAUUGCAUACAGUAUAUUCCAUUCAUUAUGCUGCAAUUCUGUACAUAUUAUUUUUCUUUUAGGAAAUUAGCUCUUUGUGCAUAUCAGUAUUUGUAUCUAACACACAAGAUUUGUUAAGACAGCUGUUGCUUGGAAAAGCUAAUGGGUACUGCCAGUUACCGUAUUUGUAAAGAACCAAACUGUUUAUUUGUGCAGGAUCCUUUUAAGUCAAACUGUUCUCACUAAAGAAGAAAAGGAUGCAUAUUCUGUUGUCGAGAAAUGGGGAAAAAAAGGAGUGAAUGCUGCAUCAGGGAUGGUUAGGGGACUCAUUUCUAUACCAUCCCCUGCCCUGCUAACAAAGGCCUAGGUCAUGAUGCUCCUGAACCACAGUCAACCACAUCCUUAUGUGGGUAACAAGAAUGGCUGAUGAACUGAAAACCACUUGCAUUGGGUAUUAGAGAAUUUUAAGUUAAUAUGUAAAUAUAUACAGUAUAUAUAUUAAAAUGAAUUUUAAGUAAGAAAAAUGACCAAACCAUUCAUUUAUAUGGAUGU